AUGGUCAAAGAGGCUAGUGCACGGAAACCGCCGCCCCGCACACAAGCACGCGAGGGGCGUGGCAGCUGGGCGGGGCUUGCUAUACAAACUUACAAGCGUGAUGGAUCUCUGAAUAUUAUGCUCAAGCCUAUGAUCCUUGGAUUACUAAGCUCUAUUCAAGAAAUACCUCCUCUAUUCUAUCACCCACAUUCGCAACUUACAGGAAGUCGUCGCAAAGGGAUAGAUCCCGAGUCCUUUUGGCUCAAGAUUCAAGACAUGGUGAUAUUCGACCCAGACCCCCAGGCCCCGUCAUACUCACUCCGUGCUCCACUGAUCAACAAGGAUCUUGCAGCAGAUCGCAUAGGUGCAGGGUCAAAGUAUCAUUUGGCACUCCAAAAGACACUGCAGCCAGAGUAUGUUAACCUGGGUCAGAGGGUUCAGCGAGAGAACAUAGAAGAGAUUGCUGAUGCGCUCUGCUAUGGACUAGAGCCAGCGUUAAGUAACUCGUUUAAAUGCAUUAGGAUUACCGCCUCCAUAUGCUUAAGUGGAUUUAUGAUUGGACUGUCUUCUACUAGUACAGCAUCGAGCUACGUACUGACCAACUACAUGCAGGAUAAAUUUCUCAGGACCAUGCUCUACGAUAUUUGCGAUAUAGUUCGCUACGUAGCAUGCACAACCGUUACUAGUCUACUUUCUCCUUCCAACGCAUCACCAAGUAUUCUUAGCACCCUACAAGCAGUGGCAAAAAAUAAUAUUACAGAUCCUUCUCCAUCCAUUCGCAUUUCUGGAUUUGUCCUUAUUAUGAAAGUGUUAGGUCUCAGUAGCAGUUUAAUGACCUCGGCGUCAAAGGCUGACAAAAACAAAUUAGUCGCCCUCGUAGCACAAAAUUGGCAACAACACAGUCAAUUGUAUUGCAAUCUUUUUAAGGAUGAAUGCCCAGAGUCAGCUGCGUUGGCCGUCCUCACUGUCCACACAUUUCUUCGUCUUCUUCCUGUAUUCGGGCAAUCGCCUAGUGCAGAUAAAAUCCAUGAGCUUACUAGGCAUAUGAUGUCUGUCACAUUUUCGACAGAGCGGACUCUGCGUAGAGUGGCAGGAUUGGCCUAUCUUGGCUUUUUCUCAGAGAUUGCUAGCGACUCAAAUUCAGGCACACUUGAUCCAGUGACUCAUUAUCCACAGGCAUUUUUCGAUAGUGUAUAUGCAAGCACGCUGAAAGAAUCGCCGACAAAGGUCAGCCUUACAUGCAUAGCGGAGUCUCUUGUCGAUAUACUUGCAUCACUUCCUCAAAGCAGCUUACCUAAGGACUUCUUUUCAAGCUUGCUUUUGCAUUUGGUGGACACUCUUAGUAAUGAAGCCUUUCUUCAUACAAUUACUUUUGUAUCUGCAUGCCUUAUGCAGUCCUACCAUGGAAGGAUCCCUCUAUUUGAUCACGUAGUUUUGCAGCCCGUGGAGAGCGUCUUCUAUGAUGAAGCCUUGGAUACUCUUAAACAUCUGCCUGAACUCUUUGCACAGGAACAGGAUAAGAUACCCUACCAGUAUAUCUACAAAGUCCUGUUGGACGAGGAGGACACUUUUCUUGCAGAGGCAAACUAUACUGCUAUAUCCGAAUGUAUUCUGAGCCCUGUGCCCAUUUUUCCCUCUAGCACCACUACAGAUACAUCACCUCAACAAGGUGCCAAGCCCAGCUUUUCAUUGACAUCACUUUAUCGUAGGUUUACUUCUGUUUUUGAUUCGUUUAGAGCAGAUAAUCUGACCAACAAGCUUGAGGACGUAUGUACUGCAUUUCUUUAUUUACUGUACCUCCUUGUUAAUCAAAACAAUGUCUUACCUACUGACGGCAGUCCCAAUUUAAUAUCUGACACGUUUCGGAAAGAGCUGGAGGUGGUUUACGAAGGCCUCUUCACCACAAUCUUCCCUAGCAUGAAUUCGGCACUCUAUCAUAGCAUUUCUAAUAACGCACUAAUCUAUCAGUCCAAUGCAUCUGACAAGGGCGAUAAUUCGCUGCGACACGUAAAGUUAAUUCCGAAGCUCAUUGCUCAGUAUUUGCAACUGAGUGGAGGUGCUGCGCAAUCUCUUCUAUCAACCCUCAUUCGAGAGCAACUUAUGAGCAUCUAUUCCACCUUACUUAGGCGCGAGCUUCCCUCGCUGCAAUAUGGCUUCUUGGCCGACAUAGUGAGCUGCGUGACCCCAGCAGACCUGACUCUUUAUGAUAACACAGUCUCGUUGCUCAAGCUAGACCCUUUGCACCUCCAAUCAGCAGCAUAUUAUGAGCUCGACGCACUUCUUCGGAUCUUCCUUGUUUCACUGAUAUGGCUCAAAGGUUCCUCACGCGUAUCAGAGGGGAUUCUGGACAACUUUCUGUUCAACUUGCUUAUGCCAAUUACCUUCGUCACUCUUCGUUCCUGUAUCUACCUUAUGGCCGAAAUAAAGAAAGGUAUCCGUAUCUUAGCCAUUCAAAGACACCUCUUACAGCAUCCCGGCCUGCUGUCUCUGAUAUCUACUGUCAUGCAGACAUGCCUUGUCCUUUACACAUCCUUCUCCGACUACUAUAAUAACCAAAACACAGAUCGAUCGAAGAUGGAGAACCUUUCUGAUUUGAUUCUACACAUGUACUUUUGUGCACACUUCCUCGGGAAAGAGUUUUUGAGUGCACGAGAUGAUUGCAUAUCUGAUCUAAAACUUCUCACAACAGCAAGAAGAGCUGAUACAGCUAGUCUAGUGGAACAGAAUCCUAACAUCACAAAAUCAACAUAUUAUCUACUUGUGAAGGCAGAUAAAUCUACUAAAUCUUUAAUAGAACUAGCCUUUCAAACAACCUUCACAAUCUUUCGAGAUAGUCUUUGCUAUUAUGUAUAUCUCUAUGCUAAUCUAUUUAGUAUGACUCUGGGAAACAGGUUUCUUUUGAAUAACAGGUUUACCAACUUGUCCUGUCCUUCGAUGUUUAGUAGCCAAGCAGGAGCCAUCAAGGUCAUCCCGGCAUAUGCAAAUCAGUUCGUAGGCUUUUUGGAGGUGUCGAGGCUGUCUACUAUGCUUCUGCAGGAUGAAUUUGACCUGUACAAGAGCCUUUUGCCCAAUUAUGGGACGAUUGAGGAGAUCACCACCAAGUACUGUAGUUUGGUGUAUGGGGCAUAUGCUACUCUUAAGAAGCACGCACGCACACGGCAGCAAGCAGCCAAAGAUUACGUCAUCUUAUGUUCUAUAUUGCGGAUACUUGAGGCAACUGAGGGCCUCACGUAUCCUAAAGCCCUUCUGGAGGAAGCUCUUAGCCCAGAGGAAACAAGGAUAUUAGAGCAGAACAUCUCUCAGCUUCUCAGCGAAGACAAAGACAAAGGUAAAGACACAAGCAAAGACAUAGACGGUGCUCACGAAGAUCCACACGCAUCAUAUUCCAGUCAUCAAGUUAUCGCAGAUGUGCCUAUUCUUGGAAAGGCAUACUUCUCGUCACAGCCCCCCUUAGAUCUCUUCCAGACUAAGGCACCAAUCACAAACGCUACUCCUAGCAUUAAUGAAGCGAUGAGGAUAGAGCCACAGAACUUGGCACCAUUAAGCGAUGGAGCAGAGCCUCGGACCUCCCCUUCGAAUAGUUCAGUGGAUACUCCUAGCAGCGCAGGCGGGAUAUCUCAAAAGGAUCCCUUGACAAUCGAUUUCUUGCUUAGCCAAGCGACGUUGGCUGCAAACAGCGGCCUACUAGAUAGCCCAGACGAGCAAUCUGUUAACGGUGGCCUCAGCGACCUAAGAGACAUGUUAGAGUAA